ACCUUUCAAGUCGGUUUAUAAAAUAUCCCUGAGCUUACCAAUCAAUCGGAAUCAAAUCCCUUGCGUUGUGUUGAGCAUUGCUCAUAUCAAAUUUCCCCAAUUCCCAAUUCUGAAACCCUAAUUCGUUUCAUUCUAGGGAUUCAUGGCAGACCCACCUUCCUCCUCCUCCUCCCAUCACACAUACUCCUCCAACGCCUCUUACUUCCCCCCGCCCUUCCACCUCCAGCAACCCGCCGCCCACUACGACUACUCAGUCGCGUACGCUCCAGCACCGCCGGUCCAACCCCCUCCCGUCGCGUACCAGUACCCACAGGCGGCGCAGCAGUUCCAGCGCGACGCGCAGCAGCUCUUCCAGCGCGAUGCGCAGACGAUUACGCCGGAAGCCUUGGAGAGCGUGAAGGCCGCGAUCGCCAACAGCGACAUCGAGCACAAGGCGGACGGAUCCAAGAAGAAGGCGGUUCCCCGGAAGGCCGCCGGGCAGACGUGGGAGGAUCCGUCGCUGGCGGAGUGGCCGGAGAAUGAUCACCGGCUCUUCUGCGGCGACCUCGGGAAUGAGGUGAACGACGACGUUUUGUCGAAAGCGUUCUCGCGGUUCCCUUCGUUUAACAUGGCUAGGGUUGUCAGAGACAAGCGCUCUGGGAAGACGAAAGGGUAUGGGUUCGUGAGCUUCGCUGAUCCAUUGGAUCUCGCCGUCGCGCUCAAAGAGAUGAGUGGGAAAUACGUUGGGAAUCGACCUAUCAAGCUUACCAAGAGCAAGUGGAGGGAGAGAACGGAUUACGAUGCGGCGGAGAAGCAGAAGAAGCAAUCCAAGAAGAAAUUCAAGGCUUCCAGGGUGGGGGUGUUGCAUUCUUGAGAUGAGUAAGGCAAAAUUGAACAACUUGGCUCUCAUUGCACUAUCAUUAUCUCUGUGAAUUAUGUAGUUCGUAUCGUUUUCGAUUCUCCCAUUUUUAUUUUGUAAUUUACUUUGGUAUGUUUUGGUUUGUGUGUGCAAUUUGCUGACUUCUCUUUUGAACAAAUUGAGUUACCAUGCAAUAGGUAUGUGAAAUAUUUGGUCUU